GACAGAUAGAGGAAAAUGAGAGAAAGUGAAAGAAAGUAAGAGAAAAUCUUUUGAACCCUCCCAAUUUUUCUCUAUCUGUUUCUCUUAAUCGAUAGAUUCCAUACCAAUACUAACAAAAAUAGAAAAUAGGAACAGAAAAGAAGGAAACUACAAUAAGAACAUAAUAUUUUUUUGGUUCUCUGUUUUCUUUUUAUUAUUUUGCUCCGUUUCUUGACAGAGCUUUUUCAUCAUACAAAAGAUUCAAAUUAUCUUUUUUGAGGGUUUUCGAGAUUUGGGUUUUGAUGUUAAAUGUAGAGAGAAUUGAAUUUUGAAUUGAGCUCGUAAAAUCUGUAGUUUUUGGGGGUAUUCGAACGCUGUUUUUGGUUGAAAUGGCUACUGGGUCGAAUCUACAAGGCUCUCUAAAAUCGGUUUUCGAAGACGUUCUUCAAGAGAAAAGAAGUCGAACAAGCGACGUUAAUUUGGAUUCGAGAAAAUUCGACGAAGCUUCUUUAAGAAGAAAUGAAGCUGCUGGAUGGCUGAGAAAAACAAUUGGUGUCGUUGGGGGCAAAGAUUUACCGGCUGAGCCUUCGGAGGAAGAAUUCAGGUACGCAUUGCGGAGUGGGAUAAUACUUUGUACUGCUCUUAACAAUAUCAAACCGGGAUCAGUACCAAAGGUGGUGGAAGGACCUUGCGACUCUGUUACCGUUCCUGAUGGAGCAGCUUUAUCUGCAUUUCAAUACUUUGAAAAUGUGAGAAACUUCCUUGUAGCUAUUGAGGAAAUGGGGAUUCCCACUUUUGAGGCCUCUGAUUUAGAACAGGGUGGGAAAUCUUCAAGGCUUGUGAACUGUGUUUUAGCAUUGAAGUCUUACAGUGAAUGGAAACAAAAUGGUGGAAUUGGUUCAUGGAAAUACUCUGCAAAUGCCAAACCCUCAUGUUUUGGGGCACGAAAAACCAGUGAACCAUUUAUGACUUCCGUUUCCACAACGACCCUUCCUAGUGACUCGUCUAGUGAGCAAUCAGAGUCCAUUGAAGAAGGAUCUGGAAAUUCUUUUGGUGUUCUAGUUCGUGCAGCUCUUUCGGAUAAGAGGCAAGAAGAAAUUCCAAUGAUUGUGGAAACUAUGAUUAAUAAAGUGUCGGAGGAGUUUGACCGUCGCUUGGCAACCUACAGUGAACUUAUUAAAAUUAGUGCAAAAGCAAAGGAAGAAUCUGUAACUGAUAUCUCUCUUUCACGAACAGUUUCAUUUGAUGAAAAGGUAGGCGGAAUGUUUAUCAUAGUUGAAGUAAAGGCAUCAGCUGAAGAAGAAAUUUGCGAAGAUGAAUCAUCAUCAAUUGGGUCGGAGAGAAAGGAAACUUGCGAUGACAAGUCUGAUACUAAUGAAGAAUUGGUACAAUAUGUUUUGAGACAGCAGGCAUUGGUUGGGCAACAAAGACGAUUUAUUGAGGAACUGAAGCAUUGUCUUUAUUCAACAAAAGCCAGUGUGCAAGCUCUGCAGAUGACAUACCAGGAAGAGGUCUUCAAUCUGGGUAAACACUUGGUUAGUCUUGCUAAUGCGGCUUCGGGAUAUCAGAGAGUUCUCGAAGAAAACCGAAAGUUGUACAACCAAGUGCAGGAUCUGAAAGGGAAUAUAAGAGUGUACUGCCGCAUAAGGCCGAUGAUGCCCGGACAAUCGAACACUUUAUGUUCCAUAGAUCACAUUGAUGAAAGAACUGUAACAAUUCUUACACAUUCAAAAAACGGAAAAGAGGCAAGGAAAUCGUAUACUUUUAACAAAAUAUUCGGCCCAACUGUAACACAAGCCGAGGUUUUCUCUGAUACCCAGCCUUUGAUUCGGUCUGUUCUAGAUGGUUACAAUGUGUGCAUAUUUGCUUAUGGACAAACAGGAUCAGGGAAGACUCACACCAUGAUAGGGCCGAAGGAGCUCACCGAAGAAGGUUUAGGCGUAAACUACAGGGCAUUGAGUGAUCUAUUUCAUCUUUCAAACCAGAGGAAAGACACCAUUUCCUAUGAGAUUUCAGUGCAAAUGCUUGAAAUUUAUAAUGAGCAAGUCAAGGAUCUCCUUUCAACUGAUGGUGGAAAUAAGAGAUUAGAAAUCCGAAACAGCUCACAAAAUGGGAUUAACGUACCUGAUGCAAACCUUGUUCAUGUAUCGUUACCGUCCGACGUCAUAAAUUUGAUGGACCUUGGGCAUAAAAACCGUUCAGUUUGCUCCACAGCGUUAAAUGACCGGAGUAGUCGAUCUCACAGCUGCUUGACAGUUCAUGUUCAGGGGAAGAACCUCACAUCGGGAAACAUUCUUCGUGGCUCAAUGCAUCUGGUUGACCUUGCAGGAAGCGAAAGGGUGGACAAAUCCGAGGUGACGGGAGAUAGUUUAAAAGAAGCACAACACAUCAACAAGUCUCUUUCGGCUUUAGGAGAUGUGAUAUCUUCUCUUGCAUCAAGAAGUUCACAUGUUCCUUAUAGAAACAGUAAACUUACUCAAUUGCUCCAAGAUUCACUUGGAGGACAAGCCAAGACACUGAUGUUUGUUCACAUUGCUCCCAAGUACGAAGCUCAUGGAGAAACUCUUAGUACACUUAAAUUUGCAGAAAGGGUUGCCACAGUCGAGCUCGGUGCCGCUAAGGUGAACAAAGACAGUGGAGAAGUGAAAGAGCUUAAAGAACAGAUAGCUAGUCUCAAAGCAGCCUUAGCGAGAAAGGAAGGAGAUCGCGAGAACCUGCAACAUACUCAAUCCCUUAGUCCAGAACGAAAUAGACCAAACAUCGGAUUAUCCCCUUCUCAUCCUAAAUGGAAGAGUUCAAGUGAUCUAUCUUGCAUGUCUGCAACCACUGAGACUCGAGAGAUGUUAACGAAUCCACCUAGAAGAGACAGUUUGGAGACUCGAGAGAUGUUAACGAAUCCAUCGCAUUGGCCACCUAUUGGCAGUCUGAAUGAUUCGAGUGUUUCAAGAGACGAAGAUAGAGAUUCGGAAGCGUCUGGUGAUUGGGUAGAUAAAAUCAUGGUGAACAAACUUGACAACAUAAAGAAGGACAAAAAUCCAUCAGCAAAACCAAGUAAAGGAGUAAGCAAUGGCAAAAAACUGACUCAGAAGCCCCAUCAGAGUCAACUCCCUGAGCCUACAAAGAUACACCCUGAACAAAACUUAAACAAAUCAACUACAAACAAAAAGGGCAACCAAGACUAUGAUCUGCAAAGGACUCGGUCCGAAGUAAGCUGUAACGAAGAAUCCGAUCGUGAAACAGUAAUCAGUGAUUUUUUGGAAACGGACUCAUUUUCAUCCGGUAUUCCUAAAAUCAGUGGUAUUCCGACCCUGUUGGCAUCUAAACCAAAGAAACAGCAACCCAAGCCAGCUAAGACCACAGAAAUCAGGACUUCAAUUCCAUCACUAAUACCUGCACCAUCAACUCGGAAACCUUCCACUGGAGUUAAUCCGAGUCUGCAAAAGGGAAAGCGAAAAAACGGAAUUAACAAGUGAUUUAAACUGAAUUUGAUUGUUUCUUCUGUGUCUAUCAGUUAGUUGCAUUGACAAGGAGAGGUUCACAUAUAUGAAAUUAAUGGCAA